GUUGCUGACACAGACUCACAGCUCGGUCACCUCGGUGUCCGGAUUUACUUCGGCGUGCAGCAACACAAGGAAGCUUGGAAGAGUUCUGUGCUACUCUGUAUGUACAAGUUACAACAGACUUGAAUAGAGCGAGGCUCGCAUUAAACCGAUCGGCAGCAUCAACGUUCUUGGGAUCAGCAGCCGAUGGCCUUAGUCAUAACUCUCAAGCCCCAAUGCACACGCAGCCUCAGGUUUCACUGCGGAGUCACACAACUUACAAGUGACAAACAGAGUGUUCUAUUGCCCUCGGAGAACGACCGGAAAAGCAGGUUCACAAUGAAAACCCGGCAAUGCCGAUAUCAACGAUGGCGGGUGGCAGAGGGGACGUCACUUGGGCGCUGGGCAAAAGGUGGUAUAAGAAUGACGUCCUCCAUCUCGCAUCUCAGGAUCAUACCACAUAGCCCCUAGAUCAUCAAAAUACGUCUCAUUCAUUGGAAGAUAAACCACAGCUAGCAUCAUGCAUCAGCGACAGAGCCUCAUACUUGCCCUGCUCCUCGCCGUCGGGCGGUCGAUAAAUGCAUUGCCUGCGCCCCAGAUUGGAAACUACGGCGAGAACACGGGCGCAGUGGGCGGCGUUAGCCCUCCCAUACCCACGGCAACGGCGCCCUCGGGCUCGCUCCGGGGCGACUCGAGCCUCCUGGGAGGCAACGCGCCGCUGCCCGACCCGGACACGUCCGACUCGGCCGUCGUGCCGGACCCGCAACUUGUCAACGGGCAGGAAGCUGACGCCAAGCUCGGCCUCUAUCUCGACUUCGACAGCGCCGACCCUCCGCAGCCCAUCCGCGGCACCGAAGGCGCGACGGACCCGGGCCCGCGCACGUUCGAGUAUGAGAAGCUCAACCCCGACCUGUUCGCGCCGCCGGGGACGGACCAGGGCGACAUGCCCAACCUGAUGUGGCCGAUGGGGAUGUCGGCCAAUCGCUACGGCAGCGGCAAGAACAGCGGCUGGGCGAGACAGCAGAACACCGACGUCCUGCCCGCGGCCAAGAAAAUGGCGGGCGUCGAUAUGCGGCUGGCCCCAAACGCUUACCGGGAGCUGCACUGGCACACGGCAAAUGAAUGGGCGCUUGUGCUCAAGGGAUGCACCCGCGUAGCCGCCGUCGACGACGAGGGCAGAUCGUUUGUGGACGAUGUCUGCGCUGGAGACACGUGGUUCUUCCCCGCCGGCGUGCCGCAUUCCAUCCAGGCCUUCGACGAGGGCUGCGAGUUCCUGCUCGUGUUCGACCAGGGCGACUUCACCGAGGACGGGACCUUCCUCGUGACCGAACUGUUUCUCCGAAACCCCAUCGAGGUCCUCAGCAAGGAUCUGCAGGCACCUGUCGAGGCCUUUGACAACCUCCCGCCCGAUCAGCUCUACAUCUUCAACGGCACCCCCGCGCCGCUGAACAUCUCGGAGCAGAAUGUCACUGGGCCGGCCGGCACCAUCAGCGGGAACGGCUCUUACACCUACCACUGGAGCCAGCAGGAGCCGUACACCGUGCCGGGCGGGUCCGUCAAGAUCCUGGACCCCCUGACCUUCCCGAUCGCCAGCAUGUUCUCGACUGCCCUGGUCGUUGUCCAGCCCGGAGCCCUGCGAGAGAUCCACUGGCACACCACCUCGGACGAGUGGAACUUCUUCCUGCAGGGCGCGGGCCGCAUCACCGUGUACGCGGCCCCGACGUCGUCGCGCACGUACGACUUCACGGCGGGAGGCGUCGGCUACGUCCCGCAGGGCUGCGGCCACUACAUCGAGAACGUGGGCACCGAGGACCUGAUCUUCCUCGAGGUCUUGCAGGCGCCCAAGUUCACCGACAUCAGCGUCAGCCAGUGGCUCGGCCUGACGCCCAAGCAGGUCGUCAAGGACCACCUGGCCCUUCCCGAUGCCGUCAUCGACCGGCUGCCCAAGGUGAAGCCUAUUAUUGUGCCGGGAAACAGGAACCUGACGGCGCUGGCUGGGAACGGCACGGCUUAUUGAGGUAACAUAGGUAGGUACUAAGUCAGCGGGAGUGCGGUGCGCGGCAUGUGCGCCCCUUGGGACUUGGUGAGACCAUUUCCGAGGAUAGUAAUGUCGGUCCUUGUAAUUCGGAUGAGUACAGUCAAGGUUUAGGUGUGAUAGCAGCUUAGUCGAGGAGCUAGCAGCAAUAGGGGUAAAACAACACAGCCGUUCAUUUAACACACAUUAUCUACC